AUGUCAGACGAUCUCAGAGACGAGAUAAAAGCCCUCAACUCAAUCUACGGAGACGACACCCUCCGCCACACACCACCAGACAACUAUGUUCUCACGCUUCCCGGCGGCCCGGGUGCCUCCUCGCUCACCCUCCGCUUCGCCGACUCGUACCCGGACGUGCCGCCAGAGAUCCUCGGCACCCACAGCGCCGGCGAGAACGCGCCCCGCGGCGUCGGCGCCCGCGACCUGCUGCUCUUCCGCGAGGCCGUCGCCGCCGUCUACCAGCCGGGCGCUGUCUGUCUCUUCGACGCCGUGGAGGAGUUCUCCCGACGCGUGGAGGAAGUUUCGGAAGCUGAGCCGUCAGGACCACCCACCAACCCACACUCUCCACCGGCGUCGGCAUCGACGACACGGCUUGAUGGAGAGCACGGGAACCAGAACCAGAACCAAGAAGCUGACUCUCUGCCUUCCUACAUGCUAGAGGAACCCCCUUGGAUCGUCUCCGACCCCUUCGUCGAACUCAAAUCCGUCUUCCUCGCGCGCGCCGCGCCCGUGACGUCCCCCGAGCAGGCCGCAAGUUACGUCCAGCACCUCGUCGCCACGGACAAAAAGGUGCGCAGCGCAAGCCACAACAUGACGGCGUGGCGCAUCCGCGGGCCCAACGGCACGAGCUUCCAAGACUGCGACGACGACGGCGAGACGGCGGCGGGCGGGCGGCUGCUGCACCUGAUGCAGCUCAUGGACCUGUGGGACGUCAUGGUCGUCGUGACGAGGUGGUACGGCGGGCAGAAGCUGGGGCCGAGGCGGUUCGCGCUGAUUAAUAGCACGGCGAGGGAUGCGUUUGUCAAGGCUGGGUGGGCGGAGGAGGCGGGGCAGGGGAAGAAGAAGGGGCAUGGCAAGUGA